AAGAGUCUUGUAGGGGCUCUUAUUCUUUUUAUAUUAAAAAAAAAUAAUUUAUACUUUUAUAUAAAUUAUAAGAGUUUUAAUAAAAUCUCUAUUAAAAAUUAUUAUUCUUUAUUUUUUAUUUCAGAGAUCUUUAACAGAGUUAUAAAUAGUAAAUAUUUUUUAAAAAUUAAUAUUAAAGAUACUAUCAAAUCUAUAUUAAAGAAAAAAAUAAAUAGAAGAUAG